GAUAAAGGGGGAUUUGGUGAAAUUCAUAAGGCUAUCUGGUUAGAUGGACCUAUUGAUAGUUGGAAUUUUGAUAAACAACAAUGGAAUAGAUGGAAUUUUCAAACAGGUUAUAAGGUUGUUCUUAAAAUACUUAAUAAUUCAUCAGGUUUAAAUAAUAAAUUUCUAGAUGAGUGGAAAUAUCAUUAUAAUUGUCAGAAAAAAUCAUUUUCAAAAUUUAUUCAAUUCUUUGGAAUUACCCAACAUCCACAUAAUUUAAAUUAUAUAAUAGUAAUGAGUUAUGCAAAAAAAGGAAAUUUGAGAAAAUGUUUAUCUGAUAUAAUUAAAUUUAAGUGGCAAGACAAGUUACAAUUAUUAAAACAAAUUAUAUUAGGACUCAAAGUAAUUCAUGAAUCAAAUUUAACUCAUGGUGAUUUUCAUGAUGGUAAUAUUUUAAUAUCAGAUAACCAUAAUGAGGUAUUUAUUAUUGAUUUAGGAUUAUGCAAACCUAUAAGUGAUUUGCAAGAAGAAGUUAAUGAAGUUUAUGGAGUUUUACCUUUUAUGGCACCUGAAAUAUUAAGAAAUUAUCCUUAUACUUUAGCAAGUGAUAUUUAUAGUUUUUCAAUGAUAAUGUGGGAAUUUACAUCAGGUAUUCCCCCAUUUAAUCAUGAAAUGCAUGAUCAUUAUCUUGCUGUAAAUAUUUGUAAAGGAGAACGUCCUAAACUUGCAGAAGAUACUCCAAAAUGUUAUGUAGAUUUAAUGAAAAAAUGUUGGGAUUCAGAUCCAAAAAAUAGACCAAAUAUACUAGAGCUUGAAUAUGAAAUAUCUGAAUGGAUUAGAUGUAUUAAUGAAUAUUAUAAAUUAAACAAUGAUGGAAAUUAUAUAUAUGAAGUUACUAAUAGUAUUAUUGAUGAUAAAUUAAAAAAUAAUAUGUUUGAAUUUAUAGAAGCAGAUAUUGCUAGUAGGCAACAAAAUAGCACUGAAAGAAUUUUAUAUGACAACAAUGCUUUAGUACAAGAACAAGCUAAUAUUUCUAGUAUUAUACAAUCUCAUUCACAAACAUAUUAUACAAGUCGUAAACUUACUGAAAUUUUAUUUAAGAAAGACUCUGAAUAUUUGGAGUACAGGAUUUAAUUUAUAAUAAUUAAUUCUAUUAUUUAUUUUUAUUUGCUGGAUUAUUUAUUAUAGAGAAU